AUGACCGCCCCCAUCUACCUCGGUGUCGUCGGCGUCGGCGGCGUGGGAACCGCCUUCCUGAACCAACUCGCCCGCCUCCCGAACGCCCCCCAGCUCAUCCUGCUGGCGCGGUCGACACAAACGCUCCUGGCUCCGACACCGGCGUACAGCCCCGCGAUCCCCGCCGCGGACUGGAAGACCGCCGUUGACACGCCCGCGCUGACCAAGAAGGGCGCGCUCUCCGCCGACGAGAUGGCCAGCUACCUCGCCGCGGCGCCAGGCCGCGCCAUCCUCGUCGACAACACCAGCGACCCGCAGCUGGCAGGCCAGUACCCGGUCUUCCUGCGGCAGGGCAUCUCGAUCGUCACGCCCAACAAGAAGGGCUUCUCGUCGGACCUGGCGCUGUGGAAGGAGAUCUUCGCCGCCGCCGCGCAGGGCAACGCCCUCGUCUACCACGAGAGCACCGUCGGCGCCGGCCUGCCCGUGCUGUCGACGCUGCGCGAUCUCGUCGCCACCGGAGACGAGGUCACCCGCAUCGAGGGCGUGUUCUCGGGCACGCUGUCGUUCCUGUUCAACACGUUUGCGCCGGUCGGCGGCGCCGGCGGCGGCAAGUGGAGCGAGGUCGUCGCCCAGGCGAAGGAGCUGGGGUACACGGAGCCGGACCCGCGCGACGACCUGAACGGCAUGGACGUGGCGCGCAAGCUGACGAUCCUGGCGCGCAUCGCCGGGCUGGAUGUGCAGGCGCCGGACGCGUUCCCGAUCGAGUCGCUCAUCCCCGCGGAGCUGGCGGGGCUGCCGGCGUCGGCGGACGGCGUUGCGCAGUUCAUGGCGCGCCUGCCCGAGUUUGAUGGCCAGAUGGCGGAGAUCAAGGAGGGCGCCGAGAAGGCCGGCAAGGUCGUGCGGUAUGUCGGCAGCGUGGAUGUGGCUACGAAGCAGGUGCGCGUCGGUCUGCAGCAGUUCGACAAGGACAGCGCCAUUGCCGGGCUGAAGGGCAGCGAUAACAUCAUCAGCUUCUACACCCGGCGGUACGGCAGCAACCCGCUGAUUGUGCAGGGCGCCGGGGCCGGCGGCGAUGUCACCGCCAUGGGCGUGACGGCGGAUCUGAUCAAGGUCAUGCAGCGGUUGCACUAG